AUGGGGAUCAGCUCGCAAGUUUACGGGGUGGAUCGGAUGAUUCAAUCGACAAAGCAAGCUCGUCAUUGUGUCAACAGAAGUUGCGGCAUGUGUCCCGAGGGAACAUACACAGGAGAUGAAUGCUCCUGCUGCAUGAACAACGGCUACUGCCCGGAUCCGAUACUAUCGUUUUGUAAAAAGUGCAAACCGGGGACUUUUUCAUCUAAGCAAGGCCAAAAAGUAUGCGAGUCGUGCCGGGAAGGUUCCUUCGUCAAAGAGUCGGGCGCUACCAAAUGCAACAAAUGUCCGCUGGGGACAUUCUGCAAUAAAAGUGGAUGCACGGAGUGCACGUCGUGUCCACCUGGAACUGAAGCUCCCGCUGUGGGGAAAUCCGAGUGUUCGCGGUGUCCUCCAGGAACAAUGAAACCCCACGGGGGUCCGGGGAGCUGCAUUCGAUGUCGGAAAGGAGCCUACAACAUCAUCUUCGGCUCGACGGAAUGCAUUGAUUGUCCAGCGGGCUUCUUCUGCGAGCAUCAGUGGCAAGCUCCGAUAGAAUGUCCCAAGGAUUCGAUUUGCCCCGCGGGUUCCGAGACACCGAUCGAAUGUAAACCCCCGCUGUUCAAGAAACAUGGAUAUCAGUGCUACCUCGCGGAUCCCAUGAUUGCACUCAUUGUAUCGUCGAUCAUCCUGUCGACGCUUGGCGGCAUGUUUGCCAUCGCUCGUUAUUACGUGCGACAGACCCGACGUUAUUCGGUGAAUCAAGAAACCGCGUCCUUGAUGCAAGCCCAUAACAACAGCCAGAUGAAUUCCACUCUAUCCGGUUUCUGA